AUCCCUUGCUCCUCUAUCGCUGCCGCUUCAUGUGUUUUUGCCCCGAAAGCAGUAAAUCCAGAGCGUGGAGUCCAAAGAGUCCAGUAACACGGCGGAAGUGUCGCCUGUCCGCAGUGUGUGUUUGUGUGUGUGAGGCUUCAGCAGGGACUCAGGCGGCAUGAUGUGGGCUCGGUUGAUGGUCGGAGUCGGGGGUCCAGGGCUCGGGCUGCGGGCUUCCAGGGAUGGUUUGCUGCGGGUGUCCGGGGCUGGAUGUCCGGGGAAGAGGCAGCAGCAGAGGCAGGCUUCGAGUGCUGAGGCUGCCUUGAAGAAGACUCCACUGUUUGACUUCCACAGAGAACAUGGAGGGAAGAUGGUGGGCUUUGCAGGGUGGAGUAUGCCGGUGCAGUACAAAGACAGUCACAUCGUGUCACACAUGCACACCAGAGAGCACUGCUCCAUCUUCGAUGUCAGCCACAUGCUGCAGACCAAAGUCCACGGCAGAGACCGGGUGAAGUUCAUGGAGUCUCUUGUAGUUGCAGAUAUUGCAGAACUCAAGGACAACCAGGGCUCGUUGUCCCUCUUCACCAAUGAGAAAGGAGGGAUUAUGGAUGACCUCAUAGUGACAAAGACAGACCAAGGCUACCUCUACGUGGUCUCCAACGCUGGCUGUGCCGACAAGGACUCUGCUCAUAUGAAGGCCAGACUGGCAGAGUGCAAAGCUGCAGGUUUUGAUGUGGAUCUGGAGUUCCUUGAUGAAGCGCUGAUUGCUCUCCAAGGUCCAUCCAUGUCUCAGGUGCUCCAGCAGGGGGUGAAGGAGGACCUCAGUAAGCUGACCUUCAUGACCUCUGCCUUGGCCACUGUGUUUGGUAUUCCUGGCUGCAGGGUGACGCGCUGUGGUUACACCGGAGAGGAUGGAGUGGAGAUCUCCGUCCCUCAGCACAGAGUGGUGGAGUUGACGGAGAAGCUGCUGCAGAACAGGGAGGUGAAGCUGGCCGGUCUGGGUGCCAGAGACAGUCUGCGGCUGGAGGCGGGGCUUUGUCUGUAUGGAAACGACAUCGAUGAGACCACCACACCGGUGGAGGCCACACUGGUCUGGACCAUAGGAAAACGCCGACGUCAGAACAAGGACUUCCCUGGUGCUGACAUCAUUGUACCUCAAAUCAAAGCAAAAACAGCCAGGAAGAGAGUCGGUCUGGUGUCAACCGGUCCCCCUGUCAGACAACACACACCCAUCCUCAGCUCUGAGGGGAAGGUCAUAGGUGAGGUGACCAGCGGCUGCCCGUCUCCCUGCCUGAAAAAGAAUGUUGCCAUGGGCUACGUGGAUGCCGCAUUCGCUAAGAACGGUACUGCCAUCCAGGUCGAAGUCCGCAAGAAAGCAUGUCCUGCCACAGUCAGCAAGAUGCCUUUUGUCCCCACCAACUACUUCUCUGGAUAAGAAGGACACUCAUGCAAGAUAAUCCUUGACACUGGAGGGCCUCUGAGGGACCAAGAAUCCAAAGUAACACAGUGUUUGUAUCUAAGGUACAGUUCAUGUGCACAGGUAUGUUGUUUGAGGACAGCAGGACAUGCUGACAUGUGGUAAAAAGACGUAUUCAAGAGCAGCCUUUCAUUUUAUGAACAGUAAACAUGCUACCUGUUAGGAAACGCAGCAUUUAACAACAUGGCGCCUUCUGUGGUAGGGUGUGAAAAGAAGAAGAAGCAGUAUGUUGAGUCAGAGAGUUUUUGUAUGAUGAUAUAGAUGCUUUAUUGAUAGUCCUUUCUUUUUCAUUUUUAUAGGUAGAUAAUAUUUCAGGUGAAUCAUCCACUUCUCUCAUUGUGAGAAGUCCAGUGUGAUGCAGCGUGGAUCAAUCAAUCACUUCACCUUUAGUUGUAGAAUACAGUUCUUUUACUAAUCACACUUGUUUACGUCGACCAAAACAAAGAUAUUCCAAAUGCUUCCUUCGAUGCUGCAUCACUUCAUGUCUGUAUUUCUGUUUUAAGAUCUUUCAAAAACAACAACAGAGACACAUUUUCAUCUAUCUUUGUACGACAUGAACAGCUUGAUGAAGAGAGGGCGAACAGAGAGAGCUAACUGUCCCUCCUACACAAAGCCUUAAGAAGGAAAAUCAACACAUCACAUUUUGAGGAGUUUGUUGUUUUCAGCAGUUUCUAAAUGAGCUCUGUUUGCUCUGUAACAUAGUUCAACCUGACCUGAGCUGUUCCUUAUAAUGUAACGUAAUUCAUCACUAUAAAACUACAGAUGGAGAAGAACACGACAUGUUUACAAUGAAACACAUCUUGAAAAACUGGGAUUAACAUUUACAAUCAUGUGUGAGUGUUCUUUCAGGCACAUGAUGAAAUGUAAUUUAUUUUUUAAUCUAAGGUGUAAUCUAGUUAUUUAAUUUGAUAAGAAAAUAACAACAUGCUUAAUGAUGACAUACUACUGUUUCAUUGUGUGACAGCUUUUUAAAACUCUGUUCUAAAAGUGCACUUAGUACAUCACUGUAGAUUUUGAUAUUAACAGCAUUACCAUGUAAAUGUUAUGAAUGCAUUUAAUGAAUUAAAAAUAUCUCUAAAUUGUU